GCCGGGAGGGGGGCUCCGUGCCCGCCGGCUCUCGAGCUGCUCCGGCUGGACGCGGUGCUGACGUCCAUCCCGCUGGCUCGGGGCACAGGUGUCCCAGGGGAUGCGUCUCCUGGGGACAUGUCCCCCCAUCCCCCUUUGCUGACGGCAUCCAGGUUUGGGGGGACACAUGCACCCGUGGGGCGCCAGCUCCCCGUCUGCGUCAGCGGGUGUUUGCCCACACCGGCGGCACAGGGGUAUAAAGCUGCCUGAGCCAGGCACGUCUCGGCAUCCAGGGACGCAUCCGGAACCAGGAGCAUGGAGAGUGCCUGGCUCUGCCUGCUCUGCCUGCUCGGCUCUGGCCUCAUCCUGCCCGGCACCGCAGAGCUGGGGGUCCGGCCGGCCGAGAGCCUGCCCGGGCAGAGCCGGGAGCAGCCGGAGCUGGUCGAGGUGCUGCAGGAGCUGCUGAAGAAGCUGGGGAGCCCGGAGCUGCCGGUGCUGGAGAAGCGGCUGAGCUGGGUGCCCUCGUGUCAGCCCGGGGAGCCGUGCGCCGUGCGGAGGGGGGCCCGUAUUGGCAAGCUCUGCAACUGCCCUCGCGGCACCGCCUGCAACCUGUUCCUCCUCAAGUGCUCCUGAAGGACAGCGGGACACCGGCGGGGACACCGGCGGGGACACCAGGGAUGCUGCCACUUGCCGGGAUGCUGCUGGCCCAGGCUGUGCCCUGUGCAGCGAGGGGGGAGCCGUGGACCCCCAGCCCUCACGCUGCGCCAGGUCGUGCCUGCACAGCGCACCAGCACCCUUGGGUGCCCUGGCCCGUGGAGCUGGGGGGGCCCAGGGUGACAUUAAAUUACUUGGAUUCAU